AUGGAAAUGAAUGCUCCGAACAAGUACGCUGUUUUAAUAAACCACUUAAAAAGCGCUCGUUCCAGGUUUGGCAACUGCUAUUAGGUGAUUCGCUCGUUUGAAUAACGUCUGUAGCUAAACACUGAUUGGGCCGGAGUGCGUUUCGCAUGUGCACGUAAUCAUAAGCAUGCUCUUGGCUGCAUGUACCUUGGCCUUACUUCAGUCGUGGCUUUCGGUUGCAGUUGGAUUUAAGCUUAGUGAUUCAAAACUACUUUUGCCAUAUUACAGUUAUACUCCGGUCAACUACACCCUCACAGGAUCUGGCAGUUCAUGUUAUAAAUGGUGGUCAGGGACACCUGAAGUUGUCAGCGUCGUUCCCCUUGGCGAGCCCGGUGAAUUAUGUUCUAACAAAGUCUCUGUCACCGCAGUUUGGCAAUCAAACGUGCGAGUGACAUCAACAAUAUAUGCCGAGGACUUGCGUAACUCUCUCUCUCUCUUAAGUUCUCUUUUCCAUAGACACCGGGCACAUCCUAAAGUGUGACGUUAUCGUCGACGACAUACAUAGCAUUAAAAUCGCCACAACUACCCAAGAAUUGUACUUGCAUAACACGCCUGAGUCGCUGG